AUGUCUGACUCAGAAAGUUAUCGCUCAGCUUCGCCUACUAGAGACAUAGCAGCCAUCGCAACCAACACUGAUGAAGUUUUAAAUGAUCAUAGGCAUCAAGCUCCCUCUUUACCCAUCAAGGCAGGAGGUAGUACGGCUAGUGCUCCCAUGGUUGCCUUGUCGCUGGACGAUAAUAAUAGAAGAGAGAGCUUCAAGAAGGGAGCCGACGAGAGUGGCAUUAUAAGAAAUACCAGAAGCAGGGUAUCUGAAGGAGGAAAAGACCCCUCUCUACAUGUCAAUUCUCCAAAGUCAAAUCAGGAUUAUCUAAAUACGUUGCGUAGGGAAUACUAUUUGCUGCAUCACGACGCAGAUGAUGAUGAUGAUGAUGUGGACAUGAGUGCCUUGUCAUACAGUAAAGAUGAUGGAUCGUUUGCAGGUCCAAAACGUCAUCGGGCAUCUAGCUCCCAUUCAUUUUCAGAUCAGAUAAGGUCUUUAGUUACUCCUAAAGACGCAGACGAAUCUGAAAGGAGACAAACAAGCAGCGGAAUUCUAAAAAACACAAUUUCUGCUGGAAGAAAAGCUAGAACCGGCAGAAGUAAUUCAAAUUGUGAAACCUUGGAGAAUGAUCUUGCUCUGCCGAUGACGCAAGUCAAGACCAAUGAAACCUUUGGGUCUGAUAACCAAGGUCACAAUAGAAGGGAAAGGAGAGCUUCGCGUUCUUCCAUUGAUAGUGAUGCUGAUUCGCAUGCCUCUCGUUCUUCACAAGAAACAGAAGAGGAUGUAUGUUUUCCAAUGUUGAGAGAGCAUAUACGGAUUAAGGGUAUCGAUUUCGAUGAGAUUGAAGAAUUCAUCAAGGAAGAGAAGGAGGAAGAGAGAUUCAUGAAGGAACAGCAGCAUUUAAUAGCCGAGCGAACCGCUAUGAGGGUCAGUACUCAACAGGGCAGGUCUGCUGGUGCUAAUUCUAUGGUGGGAGGAACAAGUAGUGCUGCUUUAAAAUAUACACCCAAAAAUUUAUUAAAAAGAACCAAUACGGUAUUACAUAGGUUCAAGUCUCGAAAUCCUCAUUAUAAGGAAACCCUUGAAUACAUGAAAGGAGAUUCGUUGAAGGAAAAGCUCAACUCUGACUCAUCAACGGUAGAUGAAGAUUCUGAAAAACUUGAUUCAAAACAGUUCCCCACUGACAGUGAGUCCUCCGAAAACGUAAAAUUUGGAAGUACAAGAAUCAACGAUAGCUGUUCACUUUUACCUGAAAGAUUCUCAUUCUUCAGCUCUGAAUCUGAAGAAACUAUUCAUGCCCCGGAUAUUCCAUCUUUAGUUCAACCCGGUCAAACUGUAAGGGAGUUGUUUAGGAAUGGUGAAAGUACUUGGUGGCUCGAUUGUAGCUGUCCAACAGAUGCCGAAAUGAAAAUGCUUGCCAAAGCUUUUGGAAUUCAUCCUUUGACAGCGGAAGAUAUUAGAAUGCAAGAAACUCGUGAAAAGGUUGAAUUGUUUAGAAACUAUUAUUUUGUUUGUUUUCAUACAUUUGAGCCUGAUAGUGAGUCUGAGGAUUAUUUGGAGUCAAUCAACGUCUACAUUGUCGUUUUCAGGGAGGGGAUUUUAACAUUUCAUUUUGCACCAAUUUCGCAUCCUGCAAAUGUUAGACGAAGAGUUCGUCAGUUGAGAGACUAUGUGGAUGUAAGUGCAGACUGGUUGUGUUAUGCUUUGAUCGAUGAUAUUACUGAUGGAUUUGCUCCCGUGAUUACCGGUAUUGAAUAUGAAGCUGAUGCAAUCGAAGAUUCUGUCUUCGUUGCGAGAGAGUUAGAUUUCAGAAAGAUGUUGCAGAGGAUUGGUGAGUCAAGACGAAAAGUCAUGACAUUGAUGCGGCUAUUAUCUGGCAAGGCAGAUGUUAUCAAAAUGUUUGCUAAGCGAUGCCAAGAUGAAGCUGCAAUAUAUCAAUCUAAUAGUUCGCUGAUAAAUCCAGGGCCUGGUUAUAGUGGGGGAGCAUCGACACCAAUAGGUGGAGGUAUUCACAACAAUAACAAUAGCUAUUUUAAUCAAUCAUUUGCAAAUAGAGCUAAUCCUCUGCAUAUGAAUAGUUCAGCACCACACAUACAGCAGCAAUCAGGAAUCACACAACCACGAGCAGAUAUUGCCUUAUAUUUAGGUGAUAUUCAGGAUCACGUUGUUACUAUGUUUCAAAAUUUAGUGGCUUACGAAAAGAUCUUUAGUAGAUCUCAUUCAAAUUAUUUGGCUCAAUUGCAAGUGGAGUCAUUUAAUUCUAAUAAUAAGGUUACUGAAAUGUUAUCUAAAGUUACUUUAAUAGGUACUUUGUUGGUUCCCUUAAAUCUUAUCACUGGUUUGUUUGGAAUGAACGUCCAUGUGCCUGGAGAGGGCGCUGGUGGGCUCGGUUGGUUUUUUGGAGUCAUUGGUGUCAUGGUAUUCAUUAUAAUAUGCUUCUUUAUCUUUGCAAGAUAUUGGUUAAAUGAGGUGAAUCGAGGAGGAAGUCCUUCUGGUCCUGUUAGUUCUAGAAGAUCGAUUAAGAGUUUUGGUUUAAGACCAAAGAUUAGGGAAGCAGCUAAAUCAAUAAUCAGCUCGCCUAACAAAUAUGAGUAA